CCCUAGAGGGCAGACACUCACACACACACACACACACACACACAGACACACACACACAACGGGGAGUUCACGGCGCGGACCGCAGUACCGGACCUCCGGGAACUUUCUGCCUGGAGGAACUUUUCUCGAGGGGGGGGGGGGGGUUAUGGAACAGAGUCGAGACACGUCCGCGCCACGUUACCGUUGACUCCGGCUUUGUCUGCCGGUGGAACGGUCGCCGUUUUUUUGUUUUUUUUCGGGGGGCUUCGCACGGGCAAAAAAAAGAGAGGAGAAAGUUAACUCGAGUCACCCACGCUUCAUUCAAGGAGGAUUUAUCCGUCUCAACGCCGGGUUACCGCCAGGUUUGACUCACACUCAUCAAUCCCGACAGCUGCCUUCCGUGCCCCGCGGGCCGUUGGACCGGGCCACGCCGCCGGGCUCCUCCUCCUCCUCCCUGUCAGGUGAGAGGCGUGGCGCCAGGACGCGGGAGCGCCGGUCGAUCCACACCUGAGAGGGUGCGCGUGUUUCUUUUAGAACACCUGAGCUACGCGAGUCCGCGCUCGGGGGAAUCAUGGCGCGGAAUGACACGUUUGGCACUUUGGAAGUUUGACCCCUCAGGACCGGCGACUGGAAAACUGGGUCAGAGUGGUUUUGUGACCUAAAACUAUUCAUCGAUCGCGGCCAUGGCUUUGUCUCAGGUCCAAUGUCUGGACAACCACCACGUCAACUCGCGCGUGAGCGAGGGCAAGCCGGAGUUCUUCUACAGCGAGGACCAACGGCUGGCGCUCGAGGUCCUGAUCGCCAACGGCCGCGAUGCGUUCACGGACCACGUCCGCGAGAAGGGCGUGCGGGACUUCCUCUCGGAACCGGAGCUGGAGCGGAUCGCGCGCACGGCGGAGGCCUACCGGCCCGGCGGCGAGCAUCACCACAAGCUGGAGAACCCCGGGCCCGGGAACCUGACGCCGGGCUCCGGGGAAUUCGGAGGGGACGGCGAGGUGUCGCUGCAGUACUGGCCGGACAGGUCGGAGGGCUCGGUGGGGGAGCUGGACCUCGGCUGGCCCGAUUCCAUCUCGUACCGGGGGGUCACGCGCGUGACCGUGCACACGCAACCGCCGGCCGAGGGGCAGACGCACAUCAAGGAGGUGGUGCGCAAAAGCAUUGCGUCAGCGCAGAGGGUGAUUGCGGUGGUGAUGGAUGUAUUUACAGACGUGGAUAUCUUUCGAGACCUGCUGGAUGCGUCCUACAAACGCAAAGUUCCUGUGUACAUUAUCAUUGACCUGGCUUCGGUCCCCUGCUUUCUUUCCAUGUGUGGCAGAGCUGAUAUGCACAGUGGACACCUAAAGAAUCUGCGCGUACGCAGCUGUGGAGGCGUGGAUUUCUUCACACGGACGGCACAGAAGGUGCGUGGAUCACUGAGCCAGAAGUUCCUCCUGAUAGACGCAGACAGAGCCAUCUCCGGCUCAUACAGCUUCACCUGGUCCUCAUCCCGCUUGGACCGUAACCUCAUCACCGUGAUCACGGGACAGGCCGUGGAGACCUUCGACCUGGAGUUUUGUGACCUGUACCUCGCGUCCAGGGGCGUGUCUCUGAACAAGGUCCCCAUGGUCGAUGAACCCGUCCCCGACCUGGUCCUCUACUCGGCGCCCGCUCCGGUAUCAGCUGCCGUUGCCAGGAAGCUCGUCAAUCCAAAAUACGCCCUUGUUGCCACGGGAAACUACAAAAGUCCCACUUCCUCUGACCAAAAUUCCAGCAGCAGGAAUCCCAAUGGGCUUACGGUUAGGAAAAAACGUCUUAGACAUGUCGUUGAGGAGCAACCCUUGCAUCCGGGACUAGCCCAUCUGGAGAAAGCCUACCUGAUCCCUUACCUGCCCACCUGGCCGGAGCCGGACCCGCCCAGCGACGUGAUUGGCUUCAUCAACAUUAGGGAUGAAAAGCGAGCCAAUCAGGUUCACUUACAGAGGUCGGAGAGGUUCGAGACCAGCCAGGCCAUACGCUUCAGUACACCGCUUCUGCCACCCCCCAAGACCGAGGAACCGGCGUCAGGUGGGGACGCAACGGCCGCCGGAGAAGCAGAGAAUCUACUCCGGAAUACGAGUGCAGACGUCUCUGCUGCCGUGAGUCCCACCAGCAAACAACCCAAAGAGAAAACGCACACCGUUCCGAAUGAGGACCAAACUGACGCAACGGAGUCCAGCGCGCCGCCUCGGCAGACCAGCGCGCCUCCAACACGGGACGCACGCACGCCGGCCGCGCCGCCCGAGGUCGCCGCUGAUCCAAAGCCGACGAGCGACGCCCAGCCGACUCCAGCGACCGAACCCGCGGCGCCUCCCAUUCCUAAACGCCGCACGCUGCAGCUAGUCCUAGACCCCGCCCCCUCGGGGCAGCCAGGCCAACCACAGGUCUCCCUGAUGAAAAUGGACCAGUCGGAUAGUCUCGACGGUUUCACCGAAAAGGGGGCGCCGGCCCGGGGCCGCAUCGCGUCCAAGGCCGACGGCAGGGACUCGGGCAGCACGGGCGACGGCAGCCAGGACAGCACAAAGGUCAUGUGCGACCGGGCGGCCAACGAGGCUCCGUCCAGCAACUCCACGGCAUCGGAGGAGGAGUUCUACGAAUGCGCCCAGUCGGAGCUGAGCGACCCCGUGGUCAACGGAGCGACCACGGGGUCAGGGCGCGGCCUUCGCCACGGUGACGGGGUCAACGUGAUGGCCCGCCUCUCCCAGAGCAUGCUGGAUCUGAGGCAGCCCAACCAGUCAGAGGAGGGCACUGACCUCAUCCGCCAAUCACAGCAGCUGCGCCAUCAAGGACACCGGUCCCCUCAUAGGCACAUUGGGCAGUUGUUCCAGACCUCCAAAUCUCCAGCUCGAGGACCCAAAGUCAUCAUCGCCAAACCGGGAAGUUUUCAUCGCCCCAACCGGCCCGACGUCCAGGUGAUCGGAGGACACCGGUACUGGCAGAGCCAGGCCAUGCAGCGCGACCACGGCCAGUCGCGCGCAGAGACGCGGUCCAGCCGGUCGCCGCGGCGACACGGCCCGGGCUACCGGAAGACGGAUAGCGCCUCGGCACAGCCGGCGGGUUCACUGGGAGUAUCUUUCUCAAAACUGAGCGACUUGGGACACUUGAGGGCGCGAGGGCACGCGUCGCAGACGACGGCGUUUGAAAGCAACAGGGCCGACCGGUAGGACAUGAGGAUGGUUAUUGAUCCUCCCACAGGAGGGCGUGACUCUUCGGUGUGGUAUCUCCGCCGUCUCUCGGCAUGUGUUUUGCUUUUUCGGUCUUCGAAAACCAGAGGCUUCACGUGCAAGUUUUUAUUUAAUAAUUAUAUUUUGACAACGUCGACAAGAAGAGGCAGUUUGAUUGAGUGCGUUUUGAGAGGUUUGUCAAUGAAUCCAAUAGCCUUCAGAAUCAAUGGUUGGUUGCAGAAGGCUUUGGACAGAAGUGUCUGGGGGGAUAAUGUAAUUCAGCAUGUUUUAAUUACCUCAACUGCUUAUCUUUUGUGAAAAAGUGUUUUUACUGUAAAUCAUUUUUCACAUAUCCUGUACAGAUGCGACAUGCAUUGACGACGAUGUCUUCCCACCGAUAUUAGAGUCACUGGGAUUGGUUACUGAUGGUGUUCGGGUGGGGCUGCUGUGUUGAUAACCUGCUAUGUGUGCAAUUUUAAACACUGACGUUGGACCAAACCUGUAUGCUGUAAAUAAAAAGGCCUCUUGUUGCUGA